AUGACUCGGACUGCACUCUCAGCUGUUGUUCUCGCUGGUGUUUUGCAGGAGUGUGUGUCCGUGUACCUGUUGGAGGCGGAGUCUCGGCUGCGAUGUGAGGAUCCGCCCCAUGAGGUGCCAUCAGAGGGCAAGCUCAGAGACGCGGUGAAGCAGCAGAAGAGACUGCAGUGCUCCGGCCUGCCGUCAGCAGAACUCCAUCAGAAACAGAGCGGCUCGCUGAGCACACCACUGCCGGCCCACAAACGAGCGCUCAUCAUUCCUCUGCUGGACGGUGAUGAAGGGAAGGUGAUCUCUCUGAUUCUGCUCUGCUGUAAACCACUGACAGAACAAGAUGAACAAAACCUCAACAUCCUGGAGAAACAUCUCACCGUGGCCUGUAAGCGAGUCAGAGACAUUCAGAGAUGCUCCAAACGGCCACACACUCAAUCCCACAAUGCACCAGCGGAGCCCAAAGCCAGAGCACAGGCAGAGGACUACAGAGAGCUCGACCGCAAGAUCCUACGGCUGUGUGGUGAGCUGUAUGAUCUGGACGCCGCCUCCCUGCAGCUCAAAGUCAUCAGUUAUUUGCAGACAGAAACUCAGUCGCAGUGCUGCUGUUUACUGCUGGUCUCUGAAGAUAAUCACCAACUCUUCUGUCAGGUGACGCACUCAGAAAUAUAUUUAUAUUCUUUCUGA